UCAAAUACCCAGUUGCCAGCUCUCCCAUAUUGCUUAGCGCUGUGAGUGUGCUGAAGUGUACAGUAGCUACUACGGCUGUCCUUGCAAUUUAGUUCUAGUAGUUGGAGAAGGUUUAAGCAUCGCAGACUCCUGAGCGGCGGAGGCAACAGAAACGGGAUCUGACCUAAAUAAAUAGUCAAUACUUCUGGUCGGGGAGAACCGAGGACCCGGACGCGGAGAGUAGAUGAGGACUUAGGACAGGAAAAGUGGAUCGAAAUUUCAAAACUGACUUGUAAGCGAUGCGCUGGCAGCAUGGCCAAAUGGUUCAAGGAACACCUAGGGUUCAAAACCACCAAAGCGCCACCUCCGGCUCCCCCAAAGCCGGACUACAGGCAUUGCCUCUCCGCUGUGUCAGGCAACCACCAGCCAAGCUCGGCGGCCACUUGUCACUACCCGAGUCCCGCACAGCCGGACAUUCUAGCAGCUUACAAACUACAGAAAGACAUGGAUUUCGAGGACCCUUACACAGGAGGUGGAAAUGUUUCACUCUCAACAGGUUUGAGUUCUUUGGGCUCGCCAGAUAUAAAAUACGUGUCACCAAAGCACCGUCUUAUCAAGGUGGAAACGAUCGAGAAAACCAACUCGACUCCAGGCAGCGGCAUACUACCAGCCACAGCGGUUUCUGCUGUGAACGUGAAAUCUCCUACUUCCCCUCCCGCUGAGCAAGAAAACAAACAAGAAAAGCCUAUUAUCCUGGAGGACUAUGCUGACCCUUUCGAUGCCAAACAGACAGGCGGGACCCAGGCCACCACAGAGAAAGUCCCGGAAAACGAUGGCUACAUGGAGCCCUAUGAGGCCCAGAAGAUGAUGGCAGAGAUCCGAGGUGGGUGGGGACCGAAGGACGGCCCAGGGCGGCAGCAGCUGCCCCUGUACGACACGCCCUACGAGCCGACGGAGAACGGUGGGGACCUGGACCCGGAGCGCUCUCGCUGCCCCCGGGAGAGCAGGCUGCCCCAGGACGACGAGAGGCCCCCCGAAGAGUACGACCAGCCCUGGGAGUGGAAGAAGGACAGGAUCUCCAAGGCCUUUGCAGCCCUGCUUUGUUAUGACUGCAUUAGCUACGAGGGCACUGUACCCGCCAUUGGAUCAGACUCCCAGAAGAGAAAGGAAGACAGCGUCACUAAACCCCCCAAAGUAGAGAUUAAAGUCAUCAAGGACCUGCCCUGGCCUCCCCCGGUCGGGCAGCUCAACAGCAACAGACCAUUAGUCGAGGGUGUGGAGGCUCCACCCCCACCGGUACAGCCCGCCCUCAGACAGGCUAUCUGCGACCAGCAUCAUCACGUUCAGUUUGACAACGUGGAGAAGCCCCAAAUCUCGCCCACCAAGGAGAGCAAGGCACGUUUGUCCCAGAGGCACUCCAGCGGCUGCCUGGUGAACACCAAACUGGGCUCACUGGACCACUGUGCCCCUGCCCUAGGAGAGCGAAUCGACCCCUCCAUGCCCCUUGAGAGCCAGUUCUGGUACCAUGGAGCAAUCAGCCGGAUCGACGCGGAGUCCCUGCUGAGACUGUGCAAAGAGGCCAGCUACCUGGUCAGGAACAGCGAGACCAGCAAGAACGACUUCUCCCUGUCGCUCAAGAGCAGCCAAGGCUUCAUGCACAUGAAACUGUCCCGGACCAAAGACAACAAGUACGUCCUGGGCCAGAACGGCUGCCCCUUCGACAGCGUGCCCGAGAUCAUCCACUUCUACUCCAGCCGCAAGCUGCCAAUCAAAGGGGCCGAGCACAUGUCCCUGCUGUACCCCGUGGCUAUCAGGACACUGUAGUGCAGCUGCGCGGCACGCCCGCAGAGCCCGCAGGACACGGAAAAGAGGGGUCACCCCAGGGGCAUGAACGACUUCCCCUCUGGGCUCCACUCCACUUCCCCUCACCAGAGUCCUGGCCCUAACUGGUCAGAGGGAGUGGUGAGGAGCAUAUAGGUCAAAGGUCAGAGGGAAAUGGGCGGGGGAUGGUUACACUGCUGCGGCGGCUUCUCUCGUUAACCCUCCACCCUGGUCUCAGAGCGGAGUCUUUUUCUCCAUCUCUCACCGCAUUCCUAAGACCUCUCCACCGGAAUGUAUGUGAGGAGCCAAAGAGCUCAGCCAGUGCCAGCUCCCCACACCUCCUCUUCUUCAAGUUGGCCCUCUCAUUAUUUUGAAGCAAGGAAGUAGAACAUUUUUUUAAAACGAGUUAUAUUGUGAAAGUUACUACUGUUUUUUUUCCCUUUACAUUUUGUUCAAUCAAAUGUGAUGCUUGUAUUUUGUAGUACUUGUGUGUUUCUCUGCCACCAUUUGUUGCUUACAGUGCAGUCUUUACACACUGACCAUCUUUUCGGGGGAAGGAACCUUCCAGAAAUCAUGUAGCCUGUAUCUGACUAAAGGGGUGGGGCAGGAGUGGCCAAUGAGAAUCCAUGAGCAUGUUUCAAGCCUAUCCCCUUUUACAUGUUUUGUUUCCCCCGUUCAUCUUUCGUUAAUGUAAUUGCUCUUAUUUCGGUUUGGUUGUGCACAUGUGACAAUAAAUUAUUAAAAAAUAAGAUAAUAAAAUAAUAAACAAUAUGAUGAAAUGACCUGUGUGUCACUACUGUAUAUUUGUAACAGUUCCAUUGAUCAGAAGCAGUUGAUAUAAGAAGGAGCUGCAAGGGGAAGCAUGGCCUCCGUCAGCAAGACACCGAGAGUCCUGUCUCACAGUAAAAGCAUGUGCUUGUGUAAACAUUCACUGUCAUUUCUGGGCGACUUCCUUCAAACCCUGAUUGUCAAAAAAAAUUAUCUUCUGUAGUGUAUAAAAAAAACACAUGCAGGGAAAAAAAAUUAUACUUCCGUAUACUUUAGCUGUAAUCACAAAAACUUUAAUUUUGCUUCAAGUAUGCCAAACAUCAGUGAUAAAGUAUAGUUUUCAUAUGGGAACUCAGUAGUUUGUGCAGUGUCAAAGAUCUUAAUUUAUGCCGGUCACUCGAUUGGCCCGAUGUACGUCCGAGCCUGCGUCCACACCGGGGGUUUUCAUUCACCGCGUGUACAAAGCUGACGGUCUGGAGGGCAGCGCUGAUGGAGCGCCAUGCGUGUGUCUCCUCCAUUGAUCAGAGAAAGAAAGGGACCUCUGUAAUGAGUGAAAUUACCUUCAAAAUCCUCACGCUGGGAUGGCACUGAAUGGGAAGAAUGAAAUAUACAGUACCUGUGUUGUCUACCUCAGAAAAUCAAUUUCAUUCGCCCAUCUACAGAUCAAUAGGUACAAUGGGAUUGCAAAUAUUGAUUUUUUUAAAAACCCCCUGCCCUCCCUUCCAUCUCCUGUUUCCAGAAAAUUGCAUCUUUCAUUUAAAAAUACUUCUGCAUUAAGAUAAGUUAAUCUGAAGAGGCUUCGUUUUCUUUCGCCUAAAUUUCAUGGACCCUUGUUAGUAUGUCAAGUCUGUUGUAUUGUGAAUGUCAGUAAUACAUGUUUGGUCAAUGCCUUAAAAUGCAUGGGUAAAAUAAGUACUAUAUCUCAUCUGAUUCCCACUGGUAUGCCUUCAAAGAUUUUUCUGCAGUUGUCAUUUAUUAUAGGGGAAUUACUACUGAUGUUUUUAAUAAAGGUUACUGUGAGAUAUUGCA